GGCAUUAGGCAAGGAAAGGAUCACAGCAAAUUUGCAAAUAACUCUCAGUUUCCUUCCGUAACUCUCCGGCCAAGAGUUCCGGGAGUAUCAUGCGUCCCUUCUUAUAAAGGGAUGAAGUAAAUACAGCACGCAUAGGGUUCUGUAGGACUUGUCUGUGAGCCAGCCCAUUUGUGCAAGUGAACAAAGCUUGAGGGUUUCUCAAGCAUAAACACAAGCAGCAGCGGCCGCGGGAGCUUUCUUCCUUUUUACGUUUAGGGAGUUAGAAAAAGGUCAGUCGCCACUCUUUCAUUUUGGUGAAAAACGACGAAGAGUGAAAUAGCAGAAAGAGAGAGAGAGAGAGAAAUAACUUCAAGGCCUCGGUUGGAAGGUGAUUUGAAGUCCGAUUGAGACGAAACUUCACACACACGCGAUCCUCUCGUCAAGUUCUACUCAUCUUCCGAUUCAGAUUUUGAAUUUCCUCUUCGUUUGAUUGCCAAUACUCCAUGGGUAAAGGGGCGAGAAAGAAGAGGCAUGAAACCGUAACAAAUGAAGCUCAUGGCAUAGGGUUUGCAGUAGUAACUGAUGAAGAUUCUGAAACAGAGGUUGCCUCAAUUCAGCAAGUUGAUGCCAAAAUUGAAGCUCUCACCAAUAGGUUCGACAGUAUCCUUGGGGUUGUCAAAAAUAUGUCUGUGCAACUUGAAGAAAUAUCAUGUGGUAUGAAGGGUCUAAUGAACAAGGGGAAGAAGAUGGAUGCUUGUGGCAUAUCAACUCGAGAAGUGUCUGAUAACUUAGAACUGGGGCGAGACAUCAUUGGAGAAUUUCAUAAUCUGAAACAGACGGGCUCUGUCGCGGAGUAUCAAGAGAAAUUUGCUGAGUUGAGAGACUUGUUGAUGACAAUGAAUUAUGGGCUUACAGAAGAUUAUUUCAUUUCCAGUUUCCUGAGUGGACUCAAGGAAGAAAUUAGACGUGUAAUCCGCAAGCCAAAACCGGAGACCCUUAUUCAUGCUUUCAACCUUGCACGCAUCCAGGAAAUAGCAAUUGAAGUGAUGAAAGUGAAGUUAGUCUCUUCAGAAAUGAGGACUAAUCGAGAGCAAAUCUUGCCUUGUGAAUCAGUUGAUGUUUUCAUUGAUCAAGGCCACCCUGCCAAGUUUAAAGUUUUAGCAGGGAAAAGGGACACAACAGUUAUCAUAUCUACUGGCGUUCCUUAUAGCUUCAUCGACACUGAUGUAGCAAUUCAGGCAGGGUUUGAGAUGGAGGAGACCACGCCGCUGCUUGUGAAUUUUGUAUUUGGUCUAUACCAAGCAGUCAGCAGAUUCAGAUGUCCAAGCUUCAGGUGGACCGUGCAAGGUCAUGAGUUCGUAACUGAUAUGAGAAUCGUGGAAAUAAGAGCAUGUGACAUGGUGUUAGGCGGGGACUGGGUCUCAAAUAAUUACCCUUUGACGUUCACUGGAGAUAGGAUUGUCCUGCUAAAGGGUGGAAAGGAAAUAGUGUUGCUAGAUAAAACAGGAUCAGCUAAGCCUAAGAUGAACAAAGGGAAGUAAUUGGAGAAGAAUGAUUGACUAACGCAGCACCGUACCUGUGCUAAACAAAUGGUUAGUAGUAAUAGAAAAUGCUUUUUUUUUUUUUUUUGUUUAAUAGAGAUGGAGGAGGUUUGAUGACAAGUAUUACUUUGUGAUAAUCCUACUCUCCGGUGUGUAUGUACAGCUGCAUUCUUCCUUUCCCUCCUGCUACAAAUUUUCAUCAUAUCUCUGCAGUUCUUUAUAAUUGUUACCUCAACGCUUCUCCUCUUUCCUAUGGGAAUUAAUCUGUGGCUAGAGGCUUAAUUUCUA